GAGAGAGAGUGAGAGAGAAAAUCCACACAGUGCAGUCUAACUGUCCGUACAGGGUGCACGGAGCGGACCCGCUGAAUCUACUCUGCAACUCACUCCUGUCUAUAUUUGAUCUUUUUAAUAACUUGGGAUUCUUGUAUACGCCUGUAACUGGCACGUUGCAUUGGUGGUCUGCAGUGUGCAUUACUGGAAAGAAUCGAAAUUACUCAAGAUCUCGCUUGCAAUUUUUUUGGAUCUAUUACAGCGGAGGGAAAAGAGCAUUUGAAGACUGCAGCUUUGAAGAAAAAUCAAGAGGUGUUUUGAGAGAGGGGAACGGGGGCCAGUACAUUGGAUAGGAAUUGCAAAUCCCGCAGAAGAAUUUUAAAUAUAUAUAUUUCUGCCCUUUCUCUGUGCAUUGCUUUUCUGGAUGUGAUAGUUUAGUGCGAUUUUUUUGAAUUGGUUACUGUUGCAAUUUUUGUUUUGCAGUGGGUACUGUUGCAGAUUUUUACUCCAGUACCCUUUGCACAGUACCCUUUUAUAGCCGAAUGUUGCAGAUUGGUGAACUGUGUAGGUGUGAUCUGGUCCCGGAGCUGCCUGGCUGUGCUGGUGCACGGCUCUCUCCCCGGCUUGAUGCCGUCUGAUCUCCCUUUUUAAAAAUCCCCUUCCCUCUUUCCCCCUCCCACCCCCUCCUCCCAGGAAGAAGGCGAGAGAGAGGGGGGAGAGACAGGACAAGGGUGCUUUCUGAAGCUGCGGGGUUAUAAAUUGCACUCCCCGGAUAUCGCGAUUAUAAUCGUCGCAUGUUCAGAUCCAAACGUUCGGGCCUUGUACGGCGACUUUGGCGAAGCCGGGUAACGGGGAGCAAUGGGCAGGAGACGGAGGAUUGGAGCGACCCGGCCGGAUCGUUAAACGAGCUCAAGUCAGUAACGCAUUCGCUGCUGAAGAGACUGAAGGAAAAGCCCCUGGAACUGCUGUCUCAGGCGGUGGAGAGCAGAGGCGGACUGCAUACUGCUUGUGUCCUAAUGGCUAGGAACGAAGUGAGGGUUGGCAAGCAGACCCUGGCCCCCCAGCUCUUGCUUUGUAGACUUUUCAGGUGGCCUGACCUCAAGCAGCUCUUCGAACUCAAGAGGCUUUAUCCUUGCGAGGGUUUUUCCAGGAGCGCGGACCACGCUACUGUUUGCUGCAACCCCUAUCACUUCAGUCGGCUGUACGGCCCAGAUUCUCCACCUCCUCCUUACUCCAGAUUCUCUCCAAAUGACGAAGAAAAGCCAUUGGAAUGCACAGUGUCCUACACGGAAACAGAAGCCACCGAUUCCCCAAAUAUCACGCCUGGAGAUUUCUCAGAUGCCAGCCUCUCACCCGACACAAUGAAGCAGAGCCACUGGUGUAUUGUGGCCUACUGGGAACACCGGACCAGGGUUGGACGCCUCUACACAGUUUAUGAACAGUCUGUCAGUAUAUUCUAUGACCUACCUCAUGGGAAUGGCUUCUGCCUCGGACACUUAGCCUUGGAUAACAGGAGUGAGACCGUCAAAAGGACUCAAAGUAAAAUUGGCUAUGGGAUCUUGUUGAGCAAAGAGCCAGAUGGGGUCUGGGCCUACAACCGGAGCGAACAUCCAAUCUUUGUCAAUUCCCCAACGCUGGACAUUCCCAAUUCUCGGACUCUUAUUGUUCGGAAAGUGAUGCCAGGAUAUUCAAUUAAAGUUUUUGACUAUGAAAAAUCCUGCCUUUUGCAGCAGUCCUCAGACACCGACUAUGCAGAUGGGCCAUACGACCCAAACAGUGUUCGAAUUAGCUUUGCAAAAGGCUGGGGUCCUUGUUAUUCAAGACAAUUCAUAACAUCUUGUCCCUGCUGGCUGGAAAUAAUGCUUAACAACAACAGAUAACAGUCAACCUCCAGGAAUUAAAUCCUAUAUUAAAAAAGACCAGACUAUUCCAAAUAUCAUUUACCUAGAUUUAAUAUAAAGUUUUAUAUAUUAUUAUAUGAAUUAUAUAUUAUACUUGUAAAUAUGGAGUCAUUUUUACAUUGUAAUUAUUUAUGUAUGGUGCAAUGUGUAUGAAUACAGAUCACAACAGGAAAAUGCACUUUGGUUUAUAUAUACUCAUUCAACACCAGAUUAAAUUAUACACCAAAAAUAGCAAGAAAGCCUAGGUUUGGUGUAUAGUUCUGUCGUACUAUUAGUACCAAGACAAAAAAGCUAACGUACCAGUAAACAACAAGAUGAGACACUUGUUGAUAAUAAAGUAUUUGCAUUAUAAA